AUGGGACUGGGAUGGAACUGGGGAGAGGGACGAGCUGAGACGGGACGACUGGAUCGACCGAGGGACGAGCGGAGACGGGACGACUGGAGCGACCGGGACUGGGAGCGGGGCCGGGAGCGCCGCAGCCGGGAUUACCGGGACUACGACCGGACCCGGCGGGAGCGCUUCUCACCGCCCCGGCACGAGCUGAGCCCGCCGCAGAAACGGCUGCGCCGGGACUGGGAUGACCACGGCACUGACCCCUACCACAGUGGCUACGAGCUGCCCUACAGCGGGGGCGGGGCCGGCCCCACCUACGGCCCCCCCCAGGCGCCCUGGGGCCCCCACGAGAUGCAGCACCAGCUGCUGCAGCACCAGCUGCUGCCCAUCCAGGCCAGGCUGGGCACCAUCGCCGAGGUGGACCUGGGCAUGGCGCCGCCGGUGAUGAAGAGCUUCAAGGAGUUCCUGCUGUCGCUGGACGACGCCGUGGACGAGACGGAGGCGGUGAAGCGCUACAACGACUACAAGCUGGACUUCCGCCGGCAGCAGCUGCAGGAGUUCUUCCUGGCCCACAAGGACGAGGAGUGGUUCCGCUCCAAGUACCACCCGGACGAGGCCGGGAAGCGGCAGCAGGAGGCCCAGGCCGCCCUCAGGAACCGCCUCAGCGUCUUCCUGUACCUGUGGGAGCACGGCUGGUUCGACAACCUGCUCCUGGACAUCGACCGCGCCCCGCAGAUCAUCAAAACCCUUGACGCAGCGGUGAUUAAGAUGGAGGGGGGCACUGAGCACGACCUGCGGAUCCUGGAGCAGGAGGAGGAGGAGGAGCGGACGGAAAAGGCCGAAGGCCCCAAAAAGGAGGAGCCGCGGCCACCGGAGCCCCCCGGGAAAGGCCCCACGGAGCGCCCCGAUGGCGACGACAGCGCCAAGGCCGAAGGGGCGGAGCCAGGGGCGGAGCCUGCGGCAGGGGCGGGGCCGGAGGAGGAGGAGGAGGGGCCGGACAAGGGGCCCAAGGCCGAGGAAGGCGACAAGGAGGGCGGGGCCAAGGCGCGGCCGCGCCAGCGCAGCCGGGACAGCGAGGACGGGGACAGCGACAGCGGGGACAGCGAGGGGGGGGCACGGAGAGCCCCCAGCAAGGACGAGGAGCCCAAGGAGGAGAAGGCCGCGGGCGGGGACGGCGCCGGGACCCCUCCCCCCGCGGGCGCUCCCUCCCCCAAGGGCAAGGAGGGGGCUCCGGGGGGGGCCCCGGGGGGGGGCCCCGAGGCGCGGCCGCGGCCGCUGCACAAAACCUGCUCGCUGUUCAUGAGGAACAUCGCGCCCAACAUCGCCCAGGCCGAGAUCGUGGCGCUGUGCAAGCGCUACCCCGGGUUCAUGCGCGUGGCGCUGUCGGAGCCGCAGCCCGAGAGGAGGUUCUUCAGGAGGGGCUGGGUGACCUUCGACCGCAGCGUGAACAUCAAGGAGAUCUGCUGGAGCCUGCAGAACAUCCGGCUGCGGGAGUGUGAGCUGAGCCCCGGCGUGAACCGGGACCUGACGC